AUGUCAAUCAUUCCUCUUUUGCAGGGGUUGGAAUCUGUUUUCUGUCAAUUGGAUGAGGACCAGUUGCUGUUCUUCAUUCAGAUUUAUGUGAUCCCAGUGGCAUUUCUGCUGGUUUUGAUCAUUGGGCUGACAAUGAACUGCCUGGCUCUGUGGGUUAUGGUCCACCAGAACAAGCCCUGGAACCGUAGUACUCUGUUCCUCUGCAACCUCACCGUGGCCGACACAACAUGGAUGCUAACCCUCCCUUUCCUCAUUUACUACCACUUUGCCAGGCUGCACUGGGUUUUUGGAGAUUUCGUUUGCAAGAUGGUGAGGUGUAUGUACUAUGCUUGCUUCUAUUCCAGCAUUUACUUUGUGACUUUCAUCAGCCUGGACCGUUAUUUGGCUGUUGUGCACCCUUUGAAGUCAAUCUUCUUGCUGAGCAGACGACAAUCCUUGUUUGCGUGUGUGGGGAUCUGGGUGCUGACCGUCGUACUCAGCAUUCCAUCUGCCCUCAUGACUUUCAUCCUUCCAUGCUCCCAAAAUCAAACUGUUUGCACGCUCUACAUUUUCUCCUACAACACUGAGAAGGCAUUGCCGUACACAGUUAUCAGCUCAGUGACAGGCUUCCUCCUACCCUUCAUCGCCAUCUGCUACUGUUACUGGAACUGUACCAAGGAGCUCAAGAAGCACUGCACCCAAAAAAAGAAGAAACUCUUCCGGUUGAUGUACUCAGUUCUGAUCAUUUUUGGCCUCAUGUACUUGCCCUAUCACCUGGUCAGGAACAUCUGCAUUGUACUGAGAGCCUUCUGGAGCAACCAGACUCAACUGGUCUACAGCUCGGAUGUGGGUUUCUCAAUGGAGAUGGUUAUCUGCAGCUUCAACACUUGCAUCAACCCUUUCUUUUAUUUUAUGGCGUGUGUUCUGAUGAAGGGUCAUGAAGCUGCAGGCAUUGGUAUGCCUCCUGGGACAGAUGCUGCCUGA